AUGUCAGACGAGGUUUCCAACUUUUUGCGAUCAGUAGAGGAAUUGAACCACGGACGACACGAGGAAGAAGAGGCGCGCUCUAGGGAGCUUGAAGAGAAGCUGCUGCAGCAGAGAAAGGAGCGCCAGGCCCGCCGUGAAGAGCGUGCUCGGUCCAUCUCCCCGCAAAAGUCAUCACCGGCCAACACCCCACCGCCAUCUGCGCGACACAGGGACUCGACACCUCAGCCGGUAGAGGUAUCAUCUCCCAUCCCAGAUCUCUCUGCGAAACUACAGAAUCAAAUUGGUGCUGCUCCGCCGUUGUCUGCCGACGCGAUGGAUCUGCCCUCACCGCGCUCUGUCUCUCCCACGAAGGAGACUGUUCUCGACCUCGAACCCAACCGAUCUAGUGCCGCAUACAACUCACCGCCAUCUAGUGGCGUGCCGGCGAGAACACCUACUUUAUCGUGGCAGCGACGACCGCAGUCGCAAGGACCAGAUCGCCCUAGGUCUCGUCCACUGUCUAUGGUCGCGGCUGAGAAUGCCGCUGCCCGAUCAAACACACCUCCUGCGGAGGCCGUUUCUCCCAGCCAGACCCCUUCUCGCGACCAGAUCUCACAAGCCUUGGCUUCCAAAGACCCUGCCUGGUUCCGUCAGACCGCUGACCGCGGUGCGACUUCUGCUGCAUACCGCAGAAAUCAGGUCGAGGACGACGACACCGUCGAUGUAGCCUCUUCUCGCUCCCAACUGCCUGGCAUGUCGCAAACAACUUCUACCGAGACCGAGAAGGACCCAGUCCGAGAGCGCCCACUUUCACAGGCUAGCUUGGGCCGGCUUGGCUCUCCAUUGCUCACAACAGAUGCGCUGAAGCUGGGCCCGCCUGCGGAUAUCCAGACAGCCAGGGAUGGAAGCUCGUCAGGCCAGACCUCGCCAACGCGACCAGCGUCUCCAACAAAGGGCAUGGGUGGCUUCGUCCAGAGUGCCAUGAUGAAGCGAACGGACAGUGUCAAGAGAUGGAGCGUCACAACUCCGGGUCUGCAGCGUGGCAACACCUCUGCGAACCGAAAUAGUAUGGACGGUAAGAAUGGUGCCACUAGCCCAGGGCCAGAGCCUACCUCGCGGCCUGUGAGCAGAUCCAGGGACAGCACUUCAAGGCCGACCUCUAGUCAUGCCAAGGAUUUGGCCGCUGCAGCUGCUGAUGCCAUUUCCCCUGAGGACAAUCCAUCCGAGCCUUCCAAGCUUGAGCCUCCAGUUGACGAUACACCGCCAACAAGUCCCUCAAAGACUAUGGACCCAAGAAGGUGGAGUCCAACAAAAGGUUCCUGGCUCGACGCAGCUUUGAAUAAGCCCGAGUCACCAAAGCCGAAGCCUGCAGCGCCCCCAAGCAACCAGCCCGCAUGGAUGGUGGAAUUGAACAGGGCGAAGGCCGAGAGAGCCAAGAAUUCUAGUGUUGAUCUCGGCCGAGCUGGCUCUACCGUUAAGAAGCACGAGGUCAAGACUGGUGGCCUAGUACGGCCAGCACCGAUGGGCACGGCUGUGAAGCCCCCCAGUCUAACAGGUCCUAUGUCGCCAAGCCUAGGAGGUGACAAACCGUUGACACCGGGUCUUCGCAGCGGUGUGACGAGGAGUGAUAGUAUCACAAGGAUUAGUCCCGCCAGCGAAAAGCCUGGUAUCGGCACUGAAGAGCUAGGCCGGCGGAACUCCGCCAUCAGCCCUAUUGCCAAGGACAAACCAGAGACGCCCCCUCAGAGUAACUUCCGAGCUGGUUUACGACCUAGGGGUACCACAAUCGGCAAAGACAGUGGCGAUAGGGAACCAGUGAAUGAGCUAGCGAAUGUGUUCGGUCAGCUGCGGAAGACGAAGACGCAGAAUUACGUUGCUCCAGAUGUGUUGAAGGACAACAUCACGAAAGGCAAAAGCGCUUUGAACGUGACUGGUGGACCAAGACCCUACGAAAAGAAAGAUGAGUUCAAGGAUGCAAUCUUGAAGAAAAAGGCAGACUUCAAACAAGCCAAAGAGGAAGGCCGUGGUAUUGCAACCAACCAAAAGUCACCAGAGGAAAAGGCGAUUCCCGAGGGGCUGGCGAGACGAGCUACGAUCACCCGUUCCGGCUCUUCUCCACAUGGAUUUCACUCACGGGAUCCUUCGACUGCAAAAUCCCCGUCGGAGUCGUCCGCGAGACCUUUCGAGUCGUCAAGAUCAAGUGUGAUCUCGGUGACCUCGCCUCGGGAAACCAACGUAGACACAGCUCCAGUCAAGGCCGAAAACAAGGAAGCAAUGCCGUCACCAAGCAGGCCGGAGGUAAGCACACCUGGUCGACUCCAGAACAAAUUCGGUGACAGUGGCAAAACCUUAGCGAAUCGAUUCAACCCAGCCUUAGCCGGACUGCUAGCUCGUGGACCUCCCGGGAUGGGCGGCGCAGGACCAAAUGUCCCCGGCGCUUCCUCAGGACCGAGUGCCUCCUCUGGGAGCGAGCCGGGACCAGGACCUAAGCUGGAACACAUGACCAAGGGACGCGCCCGCGGCCCACGCAGAAAAGCCCCGACGUCGGCAAGCAAGCCGGUGGGAGCUGAUGACCCGGAAACAGCAGCCACACCAGAGACAGUAAUCACUCCAAACGUAGCACCCACCCCAGAGACAACAAAGACCCCGGAGGCGACGACCAUUCCGGACGCUGCUCCCCAGAGGACAGUGCCUCUGGAGAGAGCAGUCACACCUGCGACCCCGUCUCCACCAACGCUGGUGCAGGAGCCAGAGCCAGAGGCAACCGCAUCGCAAAAGUCGUCCAUCAAAUCCCCUGUUGUUUCGCCGACCAGCACACGGGAUAGCGGCGUGAUAUCGUUGGUGGACUCAUCGAAGAGGAAACUUGCGGAGCAGAGACCUGUGUCUGCAGGCACGAGAAUUGCAUUGGUGGACUCAUCGCAGCCACGAGUCACCAGCCCUCCUUCUCCCAGGAAAAUCCAGGAGCAGGUUUCUGCUCUUUCAUCAAAAUCCCAGGUGAUUGAGGAGAAGAAGGAAGAUGCCCCACCGCCAUCUCCACGGAAGCUUGACGUGAAGAGAAUGUCCAGGUUCUUGGAUGAGGCUGGGCCGCAGUCGCCCAAAAAUGAGCCGGAGCCAAUCCGUUCGCCCUCCUCGCCGAAGAAGACCUUUGGAAGCCCAGCAUCCCCACGAAAAUUGCCUUUUGAACCUGAGAAAGGCGACUCGCAAUCAGCUUUUCCCGUGAGCAAUGGAGCACCUUUGUUUAAUGGAUCCGCUUCGCCCAAAAAGACUCAGCCCCAAGUCGACAAGCCCGUGCCAGAGCCUUUAACUCUGCGUCCGAGAUCGCCCACCAAGACCCACGCAACGCGAGAUCUGCCUUCGCGUUCAAGCACACCCGCUCAUGCCUCUCCCUUGGCGACACCCACAAGGUCCCCAUCGAAGAGUGCGGGUGAUGUGUCUUCUAUGAUCCAUGGUUUCUUUGGCAAUGAACGGCCGAAACGGAACUACCAGGUCGAUGCAGCUGAGAUCCUCAUGAAUCGGCCCAAAGGCGGUUCUAGAGUACAAACACACAAAGCACAACUCUUUCAAGUCACGGAACAGGGCAAGAAAAUCCCUGUUCCAAGUCAUUAUGAGCGCAUAUUGUUCGAGCGCGAGAUGUACAUCUGCUCUCACACCUUCACUGAUGAGUCACGAAAGAGGAUAUCCGAAGUGUAUUUCUGGGUUGGUGACGAGGUUGCGCCAUCUGCGGUCGAGGAUGCUCAGAUUUUUGUAAACAGGGAAGCAAAGUCAAUGGGUGGUACCUUGAUCAAGAUGCGUCAGGGCAAGGAGACGGCCGAAUUUAUCCAAGCCCUCGGCGGCAUUGUCAUCACACGGCGCGGCUCAAGCAACAAGUACGAUUCGCUUGCGUCGAACAUACUUUGUGGUCGGCAGUACAUGGGCCAGAUUGUCUUUGACGAGGUGGACUUCAAUUCGUCCAUUCUCUGCUCCGGUUUCCCCUAUCUGAUCACUCAGCAAGGAAAAUGCUACUUGUGGAAAGGCAAGGGCGCUGGAGUCGACGAGCUGAGCUGCGCAAGGCUGAUAGGCAUGGACCUCGCGCUGAUGGGCGAGUUAAUUGAGAUGGAUGAAGGUCAGGAGCCGGACACAUUUUGGGAUUUUUUCGGUGGCGACCGGAAGACGGGAUUGAACUCUGCGGAUCACUGGAGGCUGAAGCCGAGUUAUGAGAAAUACUGCGGAAGGCUAUUCUGCUCGGAUUCAGCCGCUCAAAAGCAGAUCACCGAGAUCAAUCCUUUCAGCCAACUUGACCUUUCCUCGGACCGAAUUUACGUCCUCGACGCGUUCUUCGAGAUGUAUGUUAUAGUCGGACGCGAGUCACAAGCUCAAUAUGGCUCCUUCCGCAAUGCCCUCGACUUUGCUCAAGAAUAUGCCAUCCUCGCCGCUGGUAUGGAAGAUCGGCCAUUCGUACCCGUCUCAACAAUCGUCAUGGAGGGAAUACCACGGGACCUGAGGAGCGUCUUCCGCAAGUGGAGGGAUGACUUGAGUCCAACGAAGAUGCUGCCGCCGUCGUCUGGCGGUGGAAGUGCAGGCGGACAUCGAUCGCCUCUGAAGAGGGCCAGAAGUCUGAGGAUCCUGCCGCUGACGCAAGCGUUGCAGGUGUUGGGCAACUCGGAGUAG